AUGCAUAUUGUGUCUAAAAUUGAGAUAUCUACUAACAAUUUAUUUCAUAAAUAGUUAAGUUAAUUAUUUUUAAUUCAAUUUUUAUCAAAAAUUAUUAAAUAAAUAACAUAAUUAUAUCAAAUGGAGCAAGAAGAAGAUAAAAAGAAACUUUUAGAACAGAGCUUGUUUGGGUAAUGCAGAUUUAUAGGUGAGUUCACUCAAAUUCAUUAAUUAGGAGAAGGAACUUUUGGUAAAGUGUACAAAGCCUAAGAUAAAAAAAAUAAUGAAAUAGUUGCAGUCAAGCAAGUGAAAAUCCAUGAUGAGCGAGAAGGUUUUCCUGUUACUUCUGUGAGAGAAAUUAAACUUCUAAGUGAAUUACAAAACCAUCCUAAUAUUGUAUAGUUUAAAGAAGUAGUCGUAGGUUAAAAUUAAAAUAGCAUAUUCUUAAUUUUUGAGUAUUGCUAAAUGGAUAUUGCAAAUCUUAUUUUUAGAAUGGACUAAGAAAGAGAAUAUUUCUCUGAAUCUGAAAUAAAAUGCAUCAUUUUAUAGCUACUGAAUGGAGUUUAACACAUGCAUAAAUAGUAUUAAAUGCAUAGAGACAUUAAAUUAUCAAAUGUUCUUAUCAAUGACAAAGGUGUGGUCAAAAUUGCUGAUUUUGGUCUAGCUAGGGAAUAUAAUAAACCAAACAAGCCAUACACACCAAAAGUUGUAACUUUGUGGUACAGAUCACCAGAAUUAUUAUUAGAAAUGGAAUAAUACACUACUUCAAUAGAUAUAUGGUCUGUUGGCUGUGUAUUAGCAGAGUUAUUAAAUAAAGGAUAACCAAUAUUCCCUGGAGAUACAGAAAUGAAGUAGUUUUAACUUAUUUGUGAAUUAAUUGGCUAUCCAACAAGGUAUGAGUGGAACGAAUAUUAUUCACAAGUUAAAAAAGAAGUAAGAAAAGAGCUUGAAAAAUUUUCUGGAUUUAAAACAAAUAACUUGUAAAAGUAACUUAAAUGCUCAGAAAAUUGCCUAAAGCUUCUUUAAAAAAUGCUUGCUUGGGAUCCAAAAAAAAGAAUUUCAGCUGAAAAGGCUAUGUCUCAUCCUUAUUUUAGUGAAAAUCCAAAGCCUACACUGCCAGGAUAAAUAAAAAUUUUGGAAAGAUUAAACUAUUAUGCCAAAAAAAACUAAGAAGCCUAAGAGCGUAAAAAAUGA